AUGACCACAAUUCGACCUUUCGAUGUGAUGGAUAUGUUGAAGUUCAACAAUGUGAACUUGGAUAGUAUGACUGAAACGUAUGGAUUCAAUUUCUACCUGUACUAUCUUGUCAACUGGCCCGAGUACUACCAAGUAGCCGAGCACCCGAAUGGGCAAAUUAUGGGAUAUAUAAUGGGUAAAGCCGAAGGACGAGAUGAGAAUUGGCAUGGUCACGUCACGGCACUGUCAGUAGCACCAGAUUAUCGUCGCCUUGGGCUUGGUGCUCGCAUGAUGCAUACGCUUGAGCAUAUUUCAGAAAUGUAA